AUGUCUUACAUUGAUUCAGAUAGUCCUAACCAGGAAAAAUCAAGUCUUACUCAUGAUUUAGAAAAAGUCACUAAUGAUGAUGUUAGUUCAACUGAUAGACAAAUUGCUCAAACUGAAAAUCUUAAUAGAUCUUUAAGAGGUAGAACCAUUAAUAUGAUCACCAUUGCUGGGGUUAUCGGUAGUGGUCUUUAUUUAGGGACUGGUAAAAUGUUAGCUACUGGAGGUCCAUUAUCAAUGCUUUUAGCUUAUGUUGUCAUUGGGUUAAUUGUAUUCUUUAUGAUGUUAAGUUUAGGAGAAAUGUCAGUUCAAUAUCCUGUUUCUGGUUCUUUCACCACUUAUGCCAAGAGAUUCGGUAGUGAUUCUCUUGGGUUUGCUAUCCUUAUCAAUUAUUGGUUUAAUGAUGCUUGUUCUGUAGCUGGGGAUUUAACUGCUCUUCAAUUAAUCUUUGAAUAUUGGACUGAUUUCCAUUGGUAUGUUAUUUCCAUCAUCUUUUGGGUUUUCUUAUUAUUCCUUAAUGUUAUUCAUGUUAGAGUUUAUGGUGAAACUGAAUAUUGGUUAGCAUUAUUAAAAGUUGUUACUAUUUUUAUCUUUUUCAUUAUUAGUAUUGUUGCUAAUGUUGGUAAAAAUCCAGAACAUGAAUAUAUUGGGUUCAAAUGGUGGAGUUAUGGUGAUGCUCCAUUUGUAAAUGGUAUUGCUGGUUUCUCAUCAUUAUUCGUUUCAGCUGCUUUCGCUUUAGGUGGUUUAGAAUCAGUUUCUUUAACCGCUGGUGAAACUAAAAAUCCAACUCGUAUUAUUCCAAAAACUAUUAAAGCUACUUUCUGGAGAAUUGCUAUCUUUUAUGUAUUCACUGCUUUCUUUAUUGGUAUGAAUAUUCCUUAUGAUUACCCAAAUUUAAACACUAAAACCGUUGCUACUUCUCCAUUCACCAUUGUUUUCCAAAUGGUUGGGGCUAAAGGAGCUGGUAGUUUUAUGAAUGCAGUUAUUAUGACUUCUUUACUUUCAGCUGGUAAUCAUGCUUUAUUCGCUGGUUCAAGAUUGGCCUUUAAUUUAAGUACUCAAGGUUAUAUUCCAAAGAUUUUCACCAAAUUAAAUAGAUUUGGUAUUCCUUAUGUUGCUGUCAUUUUUACUUGGUUCUGUGGUGGUUUAUGUUUUGCAUCUUCCUUCGUUGGGGCCGGUACUUUAUGGAAUUGGAUUCAAAGUAUCGUUGGUCUUUCAAAUUUAAUCUCUUGGUGGUUAAUUGGUGUUGUUAGUUUAAGAUUCAGAAGAGGUCUUGAAAAACAAGGUAGAACUCAUGAAUUAUUAAUGAAAAAUUGGUCUUAUCCUUAUGGUCCAUGGUUUGUGGUUAUUUUCGGUGGAUUUAUCAUUUUAGUUCAAGGUUGGUCAACUCUUGUCCCAUUCCAAACUGCUGAUUUCUUCCAAUCAUACUUGGAAUUAGGUAUUUUCCCAUUAUGUUUUAUUUUCUGGUGGUUAAUUGUUAAAAGAGGUAAAGAUAAAUUCAUCAGAGCUGCUGAUAUGGAUUUCGAUACCGAUAGAUAUUACGUAACUCCCGAAGAACAAGAAGAAAAUGAUUAUGCUGAUAGCUUAAAAGGAUGGAAAAAAUUCAGAUACGGAUUUGUCGAAAGUUUCCUUUAA